CUAGCCACCUGGAGAUCCCAGUGACAAUCGUGGUUGGAGUCUUCAGCCUUGCGGUCAAGACUGCCACGCUGCUCACUAUUGGAAGUAAAAUGUUGCACAGAUUCCUUCAACUCGUCUCAUCGCUAGGCUCCAGCUCAACUGUGCUGUGAUCGAUAACACUGACGAUGAGGCUGUGCAAGUGGCUGUGCUCAAGGCCACCAACUUCCCAGAGUUGGCCCCCAAAUCCUCUGACAAAGGGGAAGAAGGAAGCCAUCUGAGAGACCGCAGUCAAACUACUGGUAAAGGAGGAACUCGAUCUCAACUUUCCUCUCGCCAUGAUAGCCUCCGCAACAUGGCUUCACAGACCGACGAGUCCAAAGACGAAUCUCUGCCAGAAAUCGAAUGCGAUCAUUGCAGCCGCCGCUUCAAGGCGAACGAUCGUUUCUACAUUUGUGCUCAAUGUUACAACUUUGACCUGUGUCAGGCUUGCGUUCUUAAGGCCGACACCCUGCCAGAAGAGCAUGACUUGCGGUGUGGGCUGGUGGAUGCCCGAGACCUGAGGAGAACCUUCGUGUCUGGACCUUCUCCAUCAGAGUUCAAAACCCUGAUCGACAACGCCAAAUCCGAUCCAAAUUUCAAACUGCCAGCUUCUGCCCAAAACUUCCUCUCACGUGGCGCAACUCACGGCAUUGAAGGUUCAGUUGUUGAGAGGCUGGCAGCUCUGGAGAGCUAUCAAGCGCCGUCCCCAAAAGAACCAGCCACCUCCAGAUCUGUGAGCAAUGACUACUCAAUGUACCAAGAACUCGACCGACAAAAGAAGGACAUUCGACUGAUCUUGCUACUCAAAGGUCCAGCAAGCGCGCCUGUUACUGCGUUAGUGGGAAGGUUCGCGCACCCUUGGGCUCAAGUUCCAUGGACGGCGCUUUCAUAUUGCUGGGGAUCUUUAGACGAAGUGAGAGAAGUUUACCUUUAUCAACUUCGAAACAGGCUGCACGACGGACAAACACCUGACUAUAACCAACAGCGCUUUUCAUGCACUGCGAGUCUUGAGAUCGCAUUGCGCGGUGUCCGACGGGAAGACGUUGAUCUCUGGCUCUGGGUUGAUGCACUUUGUAUCAAUCAGGGCCAUCGUCAAGAGCGAGCAUACCAAGUCAGUAUCAUGUCGGAAAUAUUCGAGAAGGCAAGUAGAGUUGUCAUCUGGCUAGGGUUCACGCAAGAGGAAAUGAUUUCAGCCAGCUAUAUCCGAGCAUUGGCGCAGGCCAGCAACAACGUGCCAGAAAAUGCCAAUAUUGACCGAUCAUCUCGUAUUGCGGGAGACAUCCCUCUCAUCAAGAAGAUGUUGUUUGAUGGAGCCUUUUCUGCAAAUGGAAAAACCCUCGACCGGAGUCAUGUCCUUCAAAAGAUUUCCGAAUUCUUUGACAAGCCCUGGUUCAGAAGGGUUUGGGUCCUGCAAGAAGUCUGGUGUGCCGGAAAAGAUGUAGUGGCAUUGUGUGGACCUAGGAUGUCUGUACCAUGGUCGGAGAUUCUGUUCGCCGACAUGUAUCUCACGGUCGCAUUUUCACUUUUCAAGACGCGAAUCGGUGGUUUGAAGGCCCCAUGGAGGAAUUUCGAAAAGCGGGCCGAAUCUCAAGAUGCGUCGACUCAGCGCCUGCCAAUACUUGAGCUUUUCGAGGCCGUUUGUCAUAAUUUUGAGGCGAGCGACCAGCGGGACAAGCUCUUUGGACUGCUAACCAUGGGUAAAGAGACACACGAUAUCUGCAACCUCCCCGACCUCAUCAGACCAGAUUAUGGCAAAUCCACUGCCCAGGUGUUCAUGGAUUUCACAAGAUGGUGCAUUCAUCAGGAUCAAUCAUUGGCUGUACUGGGGUAUUCGACGUUCAUGCGUCAGCCAUCGAUCUCAAGCACUGAGGCCGAUGCUUUGCCAUCAUGGUCGCUAUCGGACAACCCGGCAUUCGCUGGUGUAGGCACCAAGCUGUCCACAAUCCCGGAGUUCAGGGCAUGUGCAAAUACGCGCGUCGACAUGGAACUGAUGAAUAACAACCCCGAUCCUCGGUUGUUGCCCCUUCGCGGUUACCGCCUGGACACGGUUUCGCACGCGAAUGAGCUUUUUUUCCACAUCCGGUUUGACCAGGACAAUGACCUCUACCUCAUGAACAACACCAACACCUGGUAUACGGGAGCUGGUGGAGGAUUGCAUUGGCUCUGGAGGUCUGCCCGGGGGAGAAAUGGAAAAGAGGCGAGAGACUGCGAGCCUGUCGAGGGAUCGGACCUCUGCACAUGUCAGGAAGUCCUGAACCACAUCCUGCUGGUGAUGACGUGCGGUGGUAUGCAAGAGCACGGCGACUGUGAUCAUAGCAAAGGCACUCAUCGAACGCGGUGGCUGGAACCCACAGAUUUGUACCCAAUGUUCGCCGCGCACUAUGUGAAGCACGGUGAUGAAAAAGGAGAUUUCAAGAUGGAAUACUUCUGUAAGCAUGUCCGCGAAAUCCUUCUCCCCCUGGUCGAUACCGGCAAUGCGGAUAAAUUGUCUGAAUUGAUGUUGAAGGCCAGCAGGCGGUCGCUUUUUACGACGAAGAAAAGGGUAGGGCUUUGCCCGCCGGGUACCAAGGUUGACGACGUCGUGGUUGCACUCUUUGGUGGCAAAGCACCAUUCGUCCUGCGGCCCCGGGGUGUGGAUGACGGAGCUGACAGCCAGACAUGGGAAUUCAUAGGGGAGUGCUUCCUGCUGGACGUGAUGCGUGGCGACUUUGUUGAGAGACUGUUGGAUCGUAAACAGGCUAGCGAAGUAUUCCACCUUCGCUAGACGCUGUGAAGUGCGCUUCUAGUACUUUUGGAGACUCGACAAUGGUAACUCCAUGCUCUCGGAUCCAGCUGUUACAGUGUUGUAGCCGCUGAUUCUGAUUACAAGAAGGUUGCUUUGGCUAUGGUAUGAGGAUCGUCCGUGUGCAACAGGGUGGAAGAGGGCAAUCUGGGCAGCGAUUAACUCGCGGCUGGCAAGAGUCUGCCAGAGAGACCCCAUCAAUUUCAGUGAAGGCAAAAAUCAAUCAUUCGAGCAGAUUGCAGCAGUGACGACACUAUCAAGGAUCCAGUGAAGUCUUGAACUCUUGCCAGACCGCAGGCAGAGGGCGGCGGUCGUGGAAUUGCAUGUACGCAUGGCAUCUCCCAGGACUCUGGCUUUGCUUGUGUGCGGACUGGUGUCACCCUCAACCAGCGCUGGGCUACACAGCCUCGGCGUGUAUACUCUCUCUUGUAGUCCCUCGCUUAGGAUUGGACUGGCUUGUCCUUCUGCGCACGUUCUGGAAGAACGAUACUGAAGGCGCAGAUGGCAUAAGAGUCCGAGAGGCAGACAGAUUUGUGGGUUCUUCAGACGAAGGGAACGGCUCACACUGGCAAGGUCGAAGGAGCAGUGAUCACCAGUAACAGAAGAAUUGAUGGGCUCGGUGAGAGGAAAGGACCGCAAGGGACGAAGUACGUCAAAACACUUUUGAUUGUUAGCAGCCCGUUUAGAGAAGUCUGAGCAUCCGGAAUGAGCAUGAGACGUCAAGGGUUUGGGGAUUGAAUGGCGACUUGGAUUCCAGAGGCUAUGAAGAGCAGAAGAUGCGGUAACUAGGUAGGUAGUAUGAAAGAGCAGUCCUCGCAGUCUAUACGAAUAAGCAGCU